UGCCCCAUGGAGGUGCUGUUUGGGCGGAGGCGCUCUCCUGAGGAGCUGCUCCGGCAGAACCAGCGCGCUCUCUCCCGCGCCGUGCGGGAACUGGAGCGGGAGCGGCUCAAGCUCGAGGCGCAGGAGAAGAAAAUCAUCGUGGACAUCAAGAAAAUGGCCAAGCAGGGACAGAUGGACGCGGUGCGGGUGCUGGCGCAGGACCUGGUGCGGACGCGGCGCUACGAGCGGAAGUUCCUGGCCAUGCGCGCCAACGUGCAGGGGGUGGCACUGCGCGUGCAGACCCUGAAAUCCCACAGCGCCAUGGCGGGCGCCAUGCGGGGUGUGACACGGGCCAUGGCCACCAUGAACCGCCAGCUGAAGCUGCCGCAGAUCCAGCGCAUCCUGCAGGAGUUCCAGAAGCAGUCGGAGCUGAUGGACAUGAAGGAGGAGCUGAUGAACGACGCCAUCGACGACGCCCUGGGGGACGAGGACGACGAGGACGAGAGUGACGCCGUGGUGUCGCAGGUCCUGGACGAGCUGGGGCUGAACCUGACCGAGGAGCUGGCCACGCUGCCGGCCCCCGGGGGCUCUCUGGCUGCCGGGGAGGGUCGCGGAGGUGCCGAAGCCGCCGCGGCCGCUUUGGCCGACGCCGACGCCGACCUGGAGGAGCGGCUGAAGAACCUUCGGCGGGACUGAGCCGGGAUUGCUGCUCCUGCCCCACUCCUGCACCCCAAAAACUCUGACCCGCUUCAUUCGGGAUCCCCCAGGUUGUAGGAUUUUUUCUGAUUUUUCGGGAUUUUUUUCUGAUUUUUUCGGGAUUUUUUUCUGAUUUUUCGGGAUUUUUUCUGAUUUUUCGGGAUUUUUUUCUUAUUUUUUCGGGAUUUUUCGCCAUCCCGGAGGGGGGAUUUUGCCCCUUAAUUCAAAUUUUUGGGGAGGUUCUUGCUCCACUCCAGCACCCUGUGAACGCCCAAAAUCUGAGCCCCUUUAUUGGGGAUUUCCUCCAAUUUUGGGGAUUAUUUUCUAAUUUUUUGGGAUUUUUCGCCAUCCCAAAGGGGGGAUUUUGCCCCUUUAUUCCGAUUUUUGGGGGGGGAUUCCUGCUCCUGCUCCACUCCUGCACCCCACAAACUCUGACCCGCUUCAUUUGGGAUUCCCCAGGUUGUAGGAUUGUUUUCUGAUUUUUCGGGAUUUUUUUCUGAUUUUUCGGGAUUUUUUUUCUGAUUUUUUUGGGAUUUUUCGCCAUCCCAGAGGGGGGAUUUUGCCCCUUUAUUCCGAUUUUUGGGGAGGUCCUUGCUCCACUCCAGCACUCCUGCGAACCCCCAAAAUCUGAGCCCCUUUAUUGGGGAUUUCCUCCAAAUUUUGGGAUUUUUUGGGAUUUUUUUCUGAUUUUUUUGGGAUUUUUCACCAUCCCAAAGGGAGGAUUUUGCCCCUUUAUUCCGAUUUUUGGGGGGAUUUUCUGCUCUCUGCCCCACUCCUGGCACCCCACAAACUCUGACCCUCUUCAUUUGGGAUUUCCCCCAGGUUGUAGGAUUUUCUUCUGAUUUUUCGGGAUUUUUUUCUGAUUUUUCGGGAUUUUUUUCUGAUUUUUUUGGGAUUUUUUUCUGAUUUUUUUGGGAUUUUUCGCCAUCCCGGAGGGGGGAUUUUGCCCCUUUAUUCUGAUUUUUGGGGGGGAUUUUCUGCUCUGUGCUCCACUCCUGCACCCCACAAAGUCUGACCCGCUUUAUUUGGCAUUUCUCCCAGUUUUUAGGAUUUUUUUCUGAUUUUUCGGGAUUUUUUUCGGAUUUUUCGGGAUUUUUUCAGAUUUUUCGGGAUUUUUUUCUGAUUUUUUUUUGAUUUUUCGCCACCCCAAAGGGGGGAUUUUGCCCCUUUAUUCCGAUUUUUUGGGGGAUUUUCUGCUCUCUGCCCCACUCCUGGCACCCCACAAACACUGACCCUCUUCAUUUGGGAUUUCCCCCAGUUUUUGGGAAUUUUGGGAUUUUUUUUCUGAUUUUUUGGGAUUUUUUUCUGAUUUUUCGGGAUUUUUCUCCAUCCCAAAGGGGGGAUUUUGCCCCUUUAUUCCGAUUUUUGGGGGGAUUUUCUGCUCUUGGCACCCCACAAACUCUGACCCUCUUUACUUGGGAUUUCCUCCAAUUUUUGGGAUUUUUUUCGGAUUUUUUGGGAUUUUUUUCGGAUUUUUCGGGAUUUUUUUUUUAUUUUUUGGGGAUUUUUCACCAUCCCAAAGGGGAGAUUUUGCUCCUUUAUUCCAUUUUUUGGGGAGGUUCUUGCUCCACUUCAGCACCCUGUGAACACCCAAAAUCUGAGCCCCUUUAUUUGGGGAUUUCCCCGAUUUUUGGGAUUUUUUGGGAUUUUUUUUUUGGUAUUUUCAGAAUUUUUCGCCAUCCCAAAGGGGGAUUUCACCCCCUUAUUCUGAUUUUUGGGGGGAUUUUCUGCUCCUGCUCCACCCCUGCACCCCAAAAACUCUGACCCGCUUCAUUUGGGAUUCCCCAGGUUGUAGGAUUUUUUUCGGAUUUUUCGGGAUUUUUUUCUGAUUUUUCGGGAUUUUUUUCUGAUUUUUCGGGAUUUUUUUCUGAUUUUUUUGGAUUUUUCACCAUCCCAAAGGGGGGAUUUUGCCCCUUUAUUCUGAUUUUUAGGGGGAUUUCUGCUCCUGCUCCACUCCUGCACCCCACAAAUCCUGACCCACUUUAUUCGGGAUUCCCCCAGGUUGUAGGAUUUUUUUCUGAUUUUUCGGGAUUUUUUUCAGAUAUUUUUGGGAUUUUUCGCCAUCCCGGAGGAGGGAUUUUGCCCCUUUAUUCUGAUUUUUGGGGGGAUUUUCUGGUCUCUGCCCCAGUCCUGCACCCCACAAACUCUGACCCUCUUCACUUGGGAUUUCACCCAAUUUUUUGGAUUUUUUUCUGAUUUUUCGGGAUUUUUUUCUGAUUUUUUCGGGAUUUUUCGCCAUUCCAAAGGGGGGAUUUUGCCCAUUUAUUCCGAUUUUUGGGGGGAUUUUCUGCUCUUGGCACCCCACAAACUCUGACCCUCUUCACUUGGGAUUUCCCUCAGUUUGUAGGAUUUUUUUGGGAUUUUUCGGGAUUUUUUUCUGAUUUUUUCGGGAUUUUUCGCCAUCCCAAAGGGGGGAUUUUGCCCCUUUAUUCCGAUUUUUAGGGGGAUUCCUGCUCCUGCCCCACUCCUGCACCCCAAAAACUCUGACCCGCUUCAUUUGGGAUCCCCCAGGUUGUAGGAUUGUUUUCGGAUUUUUCGGGAUUUUUUUCUGAUUUUUUGGGAUUUUUUUCGCAUUUUUUCAGGAUUUUUUUUCGCAUUUUUUUGGGAUUUUUCGCCAUCCCAAAGUGGGGAUUUUGCCCCUUUAUUCUGAUUUUUGGGAGGGAUUUCCUGCUCCUGCUCCACUCCUGCACCCCACAAAGUCUGACCCUCUUUAUUUGGGAUUUCCCCCAGUUUUUGGGAAUUUUGGGAUUUUUUUUCUGAUUUUUCGGGAUUUUUUCUGAUUUUUUCGGGAUUUUUUGCCAUCCCAAAGGGGGGAUUUUGCCCCUUUAUUCCGAUUUUUGGGGGGAUUUUCUGCUCUCUGCCCCACUGCUGCACCCCAAAAACUCUGACCCGCUUCAUUUGGGAUCCCCCAGGUUGUAGGAUUUUUUCCUGAUUUUUUGGGAUUUUUUUCUGAUUUUUCGGGACUUUUUCUGAUUUUUUCGGGAUUUUUUUCUGAUUUUUUUGGGAUUUUUUUCUGAUUUUUUUGGGAUUUUUCGCCAUCCCAAAGGGGGGAUUUUGCUCCUUUAUUCUAUUUUUUGGGGAGGUUCUUGCUCCACUUCAGCACCCUGUGAACACCCAAAAUCUGAGCCCCUUUAUUUGGGAUUUCCCCAAUUUUUGGGAUUUUUUUCGGAUUUUUCGGGAUUUUUUUCUGAUUUUUCGGGAUUUUUUUUCUGAUUUUUUCGGGAUUUUUCGCCAUCCCAAAGGGGGGAUUUUGCCCCAUUAUUCCGAUUUUUGGGGAGAUUUUCUGCUCUCUGCCCCACUCCUGCACCCCACAAAGUCUGACCCUCUUUACUUGGGAUUUCGCCCAAUUUCUGGGAUUUUUCAGGAUUUUUUUCUGAUUUUUCGGGAUUUUUUUCUGACGUUUUUGGGAUUUUUCGCCAUCCCAAAGGGGGGAUUUUGCCCCUUUAUUCCGAUUUUUGGGGGGAUUUUCUGCUCUUGGCACCCCACAAACUCUGACUCGCUUUAUUUGGGAUUCCCCCAGGUUGUAGGAUUUUUUCUGAUUUUUCGGGAUUUUUUUCUGAUUUUUCGGGAUUUUUUUCUGAUUUUUUUGGGAUUUUUCGCCAUCCCAAAGGGGGGAUUUUGCCCUUUUAUUCCGAUUUUUAGGGGGGAUUUUCUGCUCUUGGCACCCCACAAACUCUGACCCUCUUCACUUGGGAUUUCCCCCAGUUUGUAGGAUUUUUUUCUGAUUUUUUGGGAUUUUUUCUGAUUUUUUUGGGAUUUUUCGCCAUCCCAAAGGGGGAUUUUGCCCCUUUAUUCUGAUUUUUGGGGGGAUUUUCUGGUCCCUGCACCACUCUUGGCACCCCACAAACUCUGACCCGCUUCACUUGGGAUUUCUCCCAGUUUUCAGUAUUUUUUUUCUGAUUUUUCAGGAUUUUUUCUGAUUUUUUUGGGAUUUUUCGCCAUCCCAAAGGGGGAUUUUGCCCCUUUAUUCCGAUUUUUGGGGGGAUUUUCUGCCCUCUGCCCCACUCCUGGCACCCCACAAACUCUGACCCGCUUUAUUCGGGAUUCCCCAGGUUGUAGGAUUGUUUUCUGAUUUUUCGGGAUUUUUUUCUGAUUUUUUUGGGAUUUUUUUCUGAUUUUUCGGGAUUUUUUUCUGAUUUUUUCGGGAUUUUUCGCCAUCCCAAAGGGGGGAUUUUGCCCCUUAAUUCAAAUUUUUGGGGAGGUCCUUGCUCCACUCCAGCACCCUGUGAACCCCCAAACUCUGACCCUCUUUACUUGGGAUUUCGCCCAAUUUCUGGGAUUUUUCAGGAUUUUUUUCUGAUUUUUUUGGGAUUUUUUUUGCAUUUUUUCGGGAUUUUUCGCCAUCCCAAAGGGGGGAUUUUGCCCCUUUAUUCCAAUUUUUGGGGGGGAUUUUCUGCUCUUGGCACCCCACAAAGUCUGACCCGCUUUAUUUGGGAUUCCCCCAGGUUUUAGGAUUUUUUUCUGAUUUUUCGGGAUUUUUUUCUGAUUUUUUGGGGAUUUUUUUUCUGAUUUUUUGGGAUUUUUUCUGAUUUUUUUUUGAUUUUUCACCAUCCCAAAGGGGGGAUUUUGCCCCUUUAUUCCGAUUUUUGGGGAGGUUCUUGCUCCACUCCAGCACCCUGUGAACCCCCA